AAAGCCAAGUAGAAAUUUGCGCGCAUGUCUAUGUCGGUUGUCUUGACGGCCGGCGGCGGAUCUCCCGGUUCAGGUCCGGUCUGGAUCGUUGUGGAAGCCGCAGCGUCUUUCCUGCUGUUUUGUCUUCGCCGCGGUGGAGAAAUAAGAUGCGGAACAGCAGGCGGAAUACAAGACCUGUGAUCUGGACCAGUCUGAACCCAGAGCCAGGCUUGAUUAUCGCUCCGGCGCGGCAGACGACAUGACGGCACCGGGGAGGGAGACAGGCUUCAGUCACUGAGGGGCGCGAGCUAGCCGGUAAGCUAGCGGCGCCGCCACCGCACGAUGACCGCGGAUGGAAGCGGAACGAUCCGCAGCCGCAUUAAGAACCUGCUGCGCUCCCCGUCAAUCAAACUCAGGAGGCGGAGCGCCGCCGCGCGCCACAAAGAGGACCCCGCCGACAAGGUGACCUUGGAGAAGGUUCUGGGUAUCACGGCCCCAGGAAACAGAGCACUGGCUUGUGACCCACGAACUGGACUGUUGGCGUAUCCUGCUGGGUGUGUUGUUGUCCUGCUAAAUCCUCGGAAGAACAAGCAGCAUCAUAUCUUCAACAGCUCAAGGAAAGCAAUCACUACGUUGGCAUUUUCUCCAGAUGGGAAGUAUGUUGUUACAGGGGAGAGUGGUCACAUGCCGGCGGUUCGAGUCUGGGAAGUGGCAGAGCGUCUGCAGGUGGCUGAGCUGCAGGAACAUAAAUAUGGAAUUUCUUGUGUUGCAUUUUCUCCCAAUGGAAAAUACAUCGUCAGUGUCGGCUACCAGCAUGACAUGAUCGUUAAUGUUUGGAACUGGAAGAAAAAUGUUGUCGUGGCAGCAAACAAGGUGUCCAGUAAGGUGACAGCCGUUUCCUUCUCAGAUGACAGCUCAUACUUCAUUACUGCCGGCAACCGCCAUGUCAAGUUCUGGUACCUGGACCAUGCCAAGACCUCCAAGGUCAAUGCUACUGUUCCUUUGCUGGGGCGUUCAGGGCUACUGGGAGAGCUCAGGAAUAAUUUUUUUAGUGAUGUCGCCUGUGGGCGGGGUCGCCAAGCCUCCUCCACUUUCUGUAUAACCUCCUCUGGGUUACUGUGCGAGUUCAAUGACCGCCGCCUCCUGGACAAGUGGGUGGAGCUUCGGAGAGUUGACUCCGCCUCCACGUCUCAGGCCACGUGUCUGUCCGUCACAGACGAGCUGAUAUUCUGCGGGUGCUCCGAUGGGACGGUUCGAGCCUUCAGCCCCGUCAACCUGAACUUCCUGUGCACUUUGCCCCGCCCCCAUUGCCUGGGUGCUGACAUCGCCAGCAUGGUGGACGCCAGUCAGCUGUUUUCCUACAGGUCAGAGGCUCGUUACCCGGAUACGGUAGCGGUGACCUAUGAUCCCACCAAUCGCUGGCUGUCUUGUGUCUACAAUGACCACAGUGUGUAUGUGUGGGACGUCCGUGACCUCCGUGACCCUCGCAGGACAGGAAAGCUCUACUCCGCCCUUUACCACUCCUCCUGCGUCUGGAGCCUGGAAGUCUACCCAGAAGGAGGAGGAGGAGGGGGGACACAUCUCCCCUCUGGCUGCUUUUUGUCCUGUUCCUCAGAUAACACCAUCCGACUGUGGAACAUCGACGGCCACAAUGUGCCAACCAGGAACAUCCUGAGCCAUGACCUACAGAAAGUCAUUUACGUGGAUGACAACAUUGCAAGCCUCCUGGACACCGAGAGCGUCACCAUCACUGGCAACACGGAGAAGCUGGGGAUGUCUGGCUCAGAUGGACAGCAGAUUGACCAGAGUCGGACGGGCAUUAGGACUCUGAGAGUUAGUCCCAAUGGACAACAUCUGGCCUCUGGAGACCGCAUGGGAGUCCUGAGGAUCCAUGAUCUGGAUAGCAUGGAGGAGAUUCUGAAUGUUCAGGCUCACGACUCAGAGAUCCUCUGCCUGGAGUUCUCCAAACCAGACACCGGCCUGCAGUUGUUGGCCACAGCCAGCCGAGACCGUCUGAUCCACAUUUUGGAUGCAGGAAGAGAGUACAGUCUGGUUCAGACUCUAGAUGAACACUCCUCCUCCAUCACUGCAGUGAGAUUUUCUGCCAAUGAGGGCAAAGUGAGAAUGAUCAGCUGUGGAGCCGACAAAAGCGUGUAUUUCCGCACAGCUCAGCAGACAGAGGAGGGGCUGGAGUUCACUCGGACGCACCACGUCGUAAGGAAGACGACGCUCUAUGAUAUGGAUGUGGAACCAACAAGGAAGUAUGCGGCCUUAGGCUGCCAGGACCGCAACAUUAGGAUCUUUAACAUCUGUAAUGGAAAACAGAAGAAGUUGUAUAAAGGCUCUCAGGGCGAGGAUGGCACUCUCAUUAAGGUGCAGAUCGACCCCUCAGGUCUCUUCAUCGCCACAUCCUGCUCAGAUAAAAACAUCAGCAUAUUUGACUUCUACUCUGGAGAGUGUGUGGCCACUAUGUACGGACACUCUGAGAUUGUGACUGGGCUCAAGUUCAGCAGUGACUGCCGGCACUUGAUCACAGUUUCUGGUGACAGCUGUAUAUUUGUGUGGCGUCUCAGUCCAGAGUUAACCAUCAGGAUGAGGCAGCAACUGUCUGACCUUCGACCUCCCAAAACAAGCAAACAAAAUGCAAAGAAUACACCUCAGCAAAGAGCCGGACACCUCAGCAAGGAGACGACGCCUCCUCAGGUCGUCACCAUGUCAUCGGACAGCGACAAGGAGGAGGAGGAGGAGGAGGAGGAGCAGCAGCUCGUCUGCCGUUAUACGUUGACAACAGGAGUCAGACCUGGAAGCCAGGGGGAGGAGACGGAUGCAUCUGAUGAGAAGGACAAUGCUCAGUACUGCAGAGAGGCCAGAAAGGAGGUGUCGGGGGGUCAGCUUCCCCGCCGGCGAUGGUCCAGACAGUCCGACAGUACUGAUGAUGUUCUGAUGGUGAAGUCCAUGUUGGACCUGCGACUCUUGGAUUCUUUUUGCCCUGACAAAGAGGAGGAACAGGUGGAGGUGAAGAACUGCAACACUGAUGCUAAGACGUCCGCCUGCAGCCCAAAUAAGAGGACUAACCGUGUAGAGGUGGGACUUCACAGGACCAAUCAGGAGCUAGGCAGUACCGUCAGUCUGCAGGUCACCACUGCAUGGGUGGAUGAUGAUGAGGGGAGAACCAGUCAGAGGCCAGACUUCAUCCUGUUGUCUAAACAGAGCCCAGACACGGAGGAUCCUGUGCUAUAUCCUGACCAAUGGGAGGAAAGAGUGAGCCUGACAGGCAGUGAGUUCCAGGUGAAGGCGGUGUCUUCUGCUGUAGGUGGACGUCAGGACAAACCAAGUCCAGACAGCGGCUGCUCACUGGGCUUCUCCUCCAGACUGUCCAGUCCAGACAGACCAGCAAGAGAUGACGUGGAACCCACUGAACCCCUCAGCACGGAGGGAAACUCCUCUGAGCAGGAGAUGGAGGAAGAGGAAGAGGAGGAGGAAGGAGGAAGAGCUGUUGGAGUGUCCCAGGUGGUUCCUCAGACUCCUGAUCAGGAAGCUUUCCUCAAAGAGCACUUUGUCACACUGGCUGACCUCUCCAGCUCAGGGAGUCCGAGCCGAGCAUCUCAUAGUUCCAGUGAGAGUCUCAGUAUCUCAUCCCGGUUCCUUUCUCAGAAUUCCAGUGGGAGUAGGGUUGUCUUUCCUCUGCCACCUCGGACCUCCGGGAGUGGUGGAAUACUUCUGGUGUCUGAAGUUCGACCGCUCAUGGAGCAGAACCAAAACAGAACCCAGGACAACAGAGCAUCAUGGAACCAGGACCAAAUCCAGAAAUAUGAUAAAGACCAGACUUCCACUCUUCAGGACCAAGUCCAGUCCCAGAACAGGACCAACCAGGGUCAACAUCCAAUACAGUCCCCUCACAUCCUGAACCAUCUUCAGCAAGGUCCAGACAACAUCCGGAGCCAGGUGGAGAAUGUGGAGGAGGAGAAGGCAUGCUCAACCCUGCAGUCCCAUCGUCCCUCUCCAUUGAAGAAAAAGGUCCACCCAGCUGUAGAACCCAGGAGGGUCCUUGGUCAAACAGCUCGAGCAGUCACAUCCCAUUUUGGCUCGAACUCAGGACUUCGCAAGGCUCAGUCCAUCAGUAGUCUAAUGUCUGAAGCAGAUCCCUCUCUCUCCCAGUUGACCACUCAUCCAUCCAGAGAGGUCGCACCUCAGCGCCCCACCACCCUUCCCUCCUCCCCCAGACGCCCCCUGUCCACAGCACCACCCACUCAGCAACAGUGCCCCACCUCCCCAAAGUCCCCCCAGGACGAAACUGCCAACGUCCCUUCGGCCGCAUCAACCUCCACAUCAACGCCACGGAAGUCUUCAUCCGCAUCAUCAACGGUGUCAGCACCACGCUCGUACAUGAGCCCCACUGCCAGCUCCAUGGCCAAGAUGUCACGCUCAGUGUCCAUGGGGGAUAGUCUAAAUGUCCCAGAAGCCCCUGAGGAACCAGGCUGCAGGGUGUCAGCAGCUGAAGUGGUCUCGUUAUCAGCAGCAACCUCCUCCUCUCAGGUGAAAGAGGCUUCACUUCCUGUUGUGGCUGUGGUACCUUCCAGUGCUGCCGCGACGCCCCAGGCUACCGUUGUCCCUGUUGUUGUCGCCUCCUCGUCUUCAGCCUUUGGGAACCAUGUUAAUCAGACAGCCCCCCCUACACGUAGCCUGCAGGCUCGAGUGGCCGGUAGCAGUAGGCCGCUCCCCAACAAACCCUCAGUAGCAUCCUUCUCCACCUCCUCCAAGACCUCUGCUGCCCACUUGUUAUCUUCCUCUCGGCCUCCUCCGGCCACAGUUUCACCUCUGACACCAGCACGGCAGGAGGAGCACCCUCAAAUGGAGGAGCGAAGUCAGACUCCUGCAGGUUCUACUGGCUCUGACUGGAUGGAGGAUGCAGAGCGCUCGAUGAGUGUAGACACCUGCAUAACUCUGGCCAGCGAGCUGCAGAGCUGCUUUAAAAAAGCAACGCACCUGUACAGAACGGUGAUCGCCACAUCUCCAGACGACUCCACCCCCGAGCAGCAAGAGAUGGCCAGCCUCCUAUCAGGGGCCUUCCAGGCCAUGAGGGCGGAGCUAAACUCACUGCCGCUCCACACGCUGGGCAUGUUGGGAACAGACAGCGGAUCCAGUGGAAUGGGGGAGCAGAAGAUGGCGGCUCUCCUGGAGGAGUACUCUGUCCUCCUCCUGCAGGCGGUCCAGAGGCGGCUCAACGUCCCACUGUCGUAGGCUGGAUUUAUGUUUACCUCCAUGAACGAAACUUCGAUUCAAGUGCAUGAACUACAUACAUCCUCCUGACAUUUGAUCACAUCUACUUUAGCUUCUGAAAAGCCACUUCUAACAGGACUUUGACCUUAAAUUUUUUCCAAGGUAAAAUUUUGUGGAAUUGGAAACUAGUCUCAGUGGUUUGCGCUCUACGAGCGCGGUGCCCUAGUUCGCUCUCAUACUUUAUUCCACAUUCUCCUCCUCCUUUCUUAUCUUUAUGGUACAUUCCUUUCAUUUCUGCUUCCUCUUUGCCCUCCUGUUCCUCGGCUGUUUUAACCUUUCACCUCCAUCUUUUGAACUUUGGACUAUUUUCCCUCUCAUGUUUCUUCUUGUCUGCUUUCUACUUUUUUCACUCAUUUCCUCCUCUUUGUCCUUGUUCCCUUGCUCUCCUUUUCCACAGCUGCUCCUCCUCAUCUUGCAGAUGAAGGAUCUAAGCCAUUUUUUUAUGUGAGCAAGGAUUUUCAGUCUUAACUUGGCAUUAUGCCAAAAUAUUUUAGUUUUUUUUUUCUUUCUUUAAAGAAAACUGAAAAAUUUGCAACAAGGACACCUGAUGUUUUUAAUAUAUAUUUUUUUUUAUAUAAGACAUUUUUUAAACGAAAACUUUCAUCUGUAUGGACAAACUUUUCAACCCUGUGUUUUUUAAGAAUGACCAUCUGUUUGUAUUAAGCACGUGGAUGGUUCUUUUUUGUUGUUGGUUUUUCUGUGUGGAAGAGGACGGCUAAACGCACUCCCAGUAAUCUGAAGGAGCUGAAAUCUCCACAAUAUGUCAAGUCUUCCUAAAACUGAAAAGAAAAAAAAUUCCUCCCACUGUUCUUGGAUACAACGCUGAGAAAACGUGGAAGCCACAAACAUGCUAAUGGAUUUUCUUUUGUGUGUAUUCUUAGCAGUAGUUCAGUUACAUUAAAUGUUAACUUUGAUACAAGAAUGGUAGCAAUGCUCGCAAAUAUACCACCAUUAUGACAUGUGCAACGCUGGCUGGUUAGCAUGCUAAUGUUAGUAGCAUGCUACGUGCACAAGCAUGUUAUUGUUCUAACAACACUGGAACACCAACAUAAAGUGCUUGUGCGAAUUCAGUUGUUAGAUUCUGCAGUAUUUUUGUGCAGUCCCUAUGGUAGUUCUGAAUGAAAGUCCAGUUCACCUGGCAUCAUCCUCAGGGGGGCCUCUCUGUAUAUUCGGACAUGGACAAAGUUUUUAUUUUAGCUGUCACAGACAAUUCCAGUUAAGGGCAAAUAAUGUAUUUGAGUUUGAAGACUAGGCUGUAAUUUGAGGCUUUUUUUUUUCUCCAAAUCAGGUCAACACUGCAGCAAUUACAGUGCUGUUUUCAUAGGCUCACCCAUUUUUUAAGAUGAUUUAUUCAUCUCACAUGGGAGAUUUUGCAGUGUCAGAGCAACAGUCAUAAUAAAAUUGUAACAGUAGGGCAAAGUACAGUGUGAAAAUAGAAGGUAAACGCAAAUCCCUAAGCAUGGCAAAUCAAGCGAAUGGAAAAAUAGAUAAAUACUCUGUAUUAUAAGUGGGGCAUCAGUACAGCACAUUGUGCCCACAUAUGAGGCAAGUGGUUAUUCUGACCAUGCAGUCAUUGCUGUGCAUAUUUUCCAUCUCCAGGACAUCUGAAUGCUGACCGGAUUUGACCAUUCUCAAGUGAUGUCUUUGUGUAAUGGAGGAGGGUGUGGCUGAAAGUCAUUUAACACCUGAUGUUGAGUUGUGCAUAAUUAUGAGACAGCUACUUUCCCACAAACAAAAUGGGUAAAGAGAGAUUUAACACUCACUGGAAAGUCAAAAAAAAUUGUGAAAUGCCUUUCAGAGGGAUGCAAUACUCCAGAAAAACUAAGUUAUUCCAUUUCAGUUUAUUUCAUUUAUAUAGCUCAAAAUCACAACAAAGCUGCCUUAAGGUGCUUCAGACAAGUAAGGUCUAACCUUAGCAACCCCUAGAGCAAGCACAUAGGCGACAGUAGUCAGGAAAAACUCCCUCAGAUGAUAUUGAGGAAGAAACCUCAAGCAGACUAGACAGAGGGGUGACGCACUGCUUAGACCAUUCUAACAGUUGCAAGGUUUUUACGAAGUUUUACGAAGCUGAACAAACAAAUCAGGAACUCAAAUGCUAUGAAAACGUAGGUGCAAGUAGGCAGUGCAGUCUCAUUUGAGGGUAGGUGCUAAAGGGGUAAAAUAUGAUGCAUAUGAUGUAAUUUCUCUACUUCCAGAGACAGAAACACAACACAGAGUUUUUGGGCAAAUUGCAUGCAAACAAAGUGAAAAUGGAAAGAAAAAUCGAUGAUGCGGUGGAAAGUCGACGUGUUGCGAUACAUUUACGACCCGGAGCUCAAACGUGUCGAGGUUGUACAUGCGAGAGAAUGCAGCUACUCUCAUUAGCUGUGUAGGCUAACACUUACCGACACGACCUCUCACAUUUGCCUUGUCUUCCCUUCUCCACUGAGAAGCGGGAAAUAAAAAAGCACUUUUCGCGACUGCUUUGGUAAUUGCAGCAGAAAAAUAAAACAGUACACAAUUUAUCCAUGUGAAGUGAUGCUGUGUUUGUGUUACGCAACGGGAGGCUGUCCCCGUCAAAUCCCAUGAUAUUAUGCAGGGUUCAAGCGAAACUGCACUGCCCUAUUGUUGAGAUGACCACAUAAGCAUAUGUUGCUGGGGGGGGGCAGUGUUCAGUCAUCAUGCCUUUAAUGGGCCUGUCACCACGGCAACAUGUAUUCCAAACACAGACUGCAGUGUGCUGCAUCAGCUUCAUGGCACGGUCUCUCGCGGUCAGUCCGGCAUCCUGUAGUCCGCUGCUACCAAAUGCGUACAUUGAGCUAUUGGGGAGUGAUCAUCCGACAAUCAAACAUUUUGUUGCAAAUACGGGUGGCAAGAAACGUAUGGAGAAUAAAAGAUGCAAAUUAACUCCAAAAGACUUAAGAAUCAAACAUGAUGCACCCAGGAACAUGUCAUCCUCCCGUGCCACCAUAUUCCAGAUCUGCCACCUACCUGAAGGCUCCAGCAGUUCAAGGUGUUCAGUGGCCAAAUUCAGGAAGAAUGAAACGACUACCGCUGAACAAGACUCAAGUUGAAAUAAGAUUGGGCCAAGAAAUAUCUAAAGACGGAUUUUGUUUUUUUAAGGUUUUAUGGACAGAUGAAAUGAGUGACUCUCAAUGGACCCGUGGCUGGAUCAUGAAGGGACACACGGAACCAUUUUUUGAAAUUGCAAAAGUUAUUAUUCAGUUCAUUUUGAUUAUACUUACUCUAAUAAGAAUAAUUUAGUUGUAUAAUUCUGCACACUGAUAGUUGUCUAAUAACUGUGCACACAUAUAUGUUCCCCUGAGAACAUCAAAACUGACGUUUCUUUUGUUAAACAUUCAGAUUUGGAGUGACAGAGUGCUACGUUUGUUCAAGAAAAAAAAGCCUCAAGAAUAUAACUUGCCUCAUAAUUGUGCGCACAGUGUGUCUGCAGUGGGUCGGGUGAGUCCAGUAUGUGUUCAGUAAAACCCAUUUAACAAAUGUACUGCACAGUUUGUUGACCUUGGAUAUAUACCUAAGUAAAUAUAUACACACUUACUGGGAGCAAAGCAGAUUGUACGGCCUGCAUCCUCACCAUUGCAUUUUUUUUGCCGUUACCCAUAAUGCAACAACGCAAUGAUGCACGUGUGAAAAGUCACUAGAAAAGUUCGUUUGUGUUUCAUAUUUUCACUGCCGAUAUUAUUUAAUCUAAAAUGGCCCAGGCUUACCGGAUUGUCAAACUUUUCCUCACUGCACUUUUGCUCAAAUACUCAAUAACAGAACUCAAGACACUCAUAGUAAAAAGCACAAUGCAGUGAUGCAUUGCAUUAUGGGUCAUAAUGAAAGACCAAAUAGCCAACAAACAAUGGUGCUGUUUGUACUGCUGCUUCUUGUUUUAAUCAGACAAAAAUGUGAUGGCCAAAUGAGGCCUCGUGGAGCAUAUGGCAUUUGUUGAGCCCACUAGAAGGCAGUCGCUUU